AUGGCCGAUAUCUUUAACAUGGAUGGCUACGACGAGAACUCGGUCACAAUAACAGCCCCGGAACCGGAGUUAAACUAUAGGAUGCUUGAUCCCUCCUCCUCCUCCGACGAGAACGAGCCUGAAGAGUACCAUCCGCGAGAUGAACAUGCGAACGUGGUGGCAGAAUUGCCCAUUCCGAUUCCCGCCAGAAAUAGAAGGAAAAGCUCGAUUGCAUCUUCGUAUGAAGUGGGAAUCAGGGAGUCGUAUGUCGCAUCUACACUUGUAGUUAACAAUAGUCCUUCCAUAGGAUACAAGCCGAAGCUAGCAGACUUCGAGCCUUUGAAAGUGUUGGGGAAAGGCUCUUAUGGAAAAGUCCUCCUUGUGCGAGAAAGAUCCACGGGCAAGUUGUUUGCGCUGAAGCAAUUGAAAAAAGCAUCGUUGAUCAUCAACGAAGAUACAAACGAGAUACACGAGGCAAACUACAGAAGAACGCUUAACGAAAAGACCAUCUUGGAAAAAGUCAACCACCCGAACAUCGUAAAGCUAUAUUACGCCUUCCAGGACAAUAACAAGGUGUAUUUGAUCUUGGAAUACUUGGAUGGCGGAGAGCUUUUCCACCAUUUGGCUCUUGAAAGAUUCAUGAGUGAAAAAAAUGCUUGCUAUUAUAUAGCACAGAUGAUAUUGGCUCUUCGAUAUUUGCACUGCAACUUGAAGGUAAUCUAUCGAGAUUUAAAGCCCGAAAAUUGCAUGUUGAAUUCAAAUGGUAAUCUUGUGUUGACAGACUUUGGUUUGUCGAAAGAAUCCUCGGGAGACAAGAACCACUCAAUGACAGGUACAGCACAGUACAUGGCACCGGAAGUCAUCAAAGGGGAACCUUACGACUACUCUGUCGAUUGGUGGUCAUUGGGAUGUGUAGCGUUCGAUCUUUUGACAGGAUCCCCUCCAUUUUCAGGAAACAACAAUAAGAAGAUCAUGGAGAAGAUCUUGUCGAGUAAGAAGACGUUGAAGUUUCCAUUCUAUCUAAGUCUUGAUGCCAAGGACUUCUUGAAGAAGUUGUUGCAAGUCAAUCCCGAAAAAAGGUUCAACAUAGACGGAGAUUUUGACAAAGUAAAAAGGCAUAGAUUUUUCAGAUACAUUAACUGGGAUGAUUUAGAAAACAUAGAGCAAAGUGAGACAAUUCCACCCAUUCUCCCCAUUAUCACAGACCUGGUGUUGGCAGAGAACUUCGACAAGGACUUUACAGAAAUGGCUUUCACACCACAAUCACACGACACCGGUAGAGACAUCUUACAUGUGAACGGGUUCACAUACACAAACUCCAACUACUUGUCACUUCAAAGUCAGUUCAAACAAAAUUAG